AUGAAAUCCGUCCUCAAGUUUGUCACGGGUAAUCCGAACAAGGUUAUCGAGGUUAAUGCAAUCCUCAGUGGCCUAAUCCCAGUCGAGCCUAUGGCGUUGGACAUUCCCGAGAUACAGGGAACGCUAGAGGAGAUCGCUAGGGAUAAGUGCCGUCGCGCUGCUCAAAUUGUCAAUGGACCCGUCAUUAUUGAAGACUCCGCAUUGGAGUUUCAUGCUUUAAACAGACUACCAGGCCCUUACAUGGAAGAAUCGUUCCUGCCCGAGGCCCGCCAGUUUUUGGUACCUGCCAUCUACCCGUCGACCACCAAGGCGAUUUAA